GAUAGGGGGUUUCAUCACCCUGAUGUCUAUAAUGGAGGGAAAAGGGGAUUUUGAGCCCCCUUCCCAUCCCAUGAACUCGAGAAGAGGUUUACCCUUGCCUUGCUCUCAGGAUCUUUGUUUUGGAUUUCAUGAUAUUUUGCAAUGGAGGGUCAUGGUGAUUAUUUGCUUCUCAUCUACCUGUAAUAAUCCAGCCAGGGAAUUUGGGUGAGAAACAGCAUGGCUCCUGCUUUUAUCUCCAUUUGGGUGAUUUUCUCACCUUUCUCCCACUUUUACUCAUCACCCUGCUGCUUUAAUCCUCUUAUCUGCAGAUUUGUUGAGGAAAACACACGGAAAAGAAGCAACCUGUUUGUUUUCAACUGUCACGGCAUGGUUUAUUCAAUUACUUGGGGGCUUUAUUACUCAUGCCCAGGGCCCUUUAGCACAGGCAAUCCCUUAUUUGCAUGCAAAAUCCUACACUGAUUUCCAGAGGAUGAAUAUGAAGCCAUUUGGUGCCAGCUCUUAUCUCCCCCAUACACAUUUUCUCCAAGGUCAACAGCAAAUUUCUUCCCCUCUCCCAAGAUUUCUCUGGAUGUGAGAGGUGAAGUGGCUUAUCUCAAUUUUAGGGACUUUCCUCGCUCAAAUAAACUUUGUUAGAUUCAACUGAUGAGUGGUGGAGGCAGAGAUGGAUUUAAGACGGAUAGAUUCAGCCUUCAACCAGCACAAGGAAUGAAGAUUUAAGGUCAAGAAGAGAGGACACUGAGGUUGCAAUGGCUUUCUUCCUCAAACCACGGCCAUGCACAUGGGACCUUGCCCUGGACUACCACACCGCCAAACAGUUUGAAGUGGACGUAACCCUGGAUCCAGCCACAGUGGGUCCAGAGGUGAUCCUCUCUGAGGACCUCAAAGAAGCCACCUGGGGCAGGCCUCGGUGCCGGUGGGCCGAGGGCCCAGGCCGGUUCGACACGGAUCCGUGCAUGCUGGGCAGCGAGGGCUUCACCUCGGGCCGUCACUACUGGGAGGUGGAGGCCAACGGGCGCUUCUGGGCCGUGGGAGUGGCCCGUGAGUCAGUCCAGAGGAAAGGCCGGGUCCUCUUCAAGCCCAACACUGAAAUCUGGGGCUUGCAGAAGUACGAUGAGCUCUGCGUUGCCCUCACAGCUCCAUCCAACACCUCUGUCCCACUUCUCAAUGGGGAGAUUGGGGUUUACCUGGACUACGAGGUAGGACAGGUCUCUUUUUACGCCGUCAGCAGCCGCCAACGCAUCUUCAUUUUUCCUGUGGCUUCCUUCAGUGGGGAGAGGGUCUUCCCCUACUUUUGUGUGCUCCUCUCAACCAUUAAACUGUCCCCCAAGGGCUGAUGCCCUGGAAGGAUCCUCCCAAAAUCUGGCUGCAUCAUGGAAAUGCUUCUUGAUGCUCCUCCACUCUUAUUUUCCAAGUUUUGGAGUAAUUUCUAACUCAGUUCAUGGUCCUACCUCCAUCUUAGAUGCCUCUGUUUUGGGUUAUGUCCAGGGGAUUUUGGGUGUGAGCUCAGCAUGGCUCAUCUCAAGUUGUUAAACUCAUCCAAAGCUUGUUAACGAGAGCUGGACUUCCCUGAGCUUGUUUUGAGCCAAAAACUUCGCUUUUUCUUCCAAAUUCAGUGUCCUCUGAAGGUUCCUUUUGCUGACCUCACUGCCUGUGAUUGGCUGUGUUUCCAGCACAAGUUAAAAAUCUUAAUUUUUGCAGGCUUUGUAUUAAUACCAGCCGCUAGACCUCAUAUUAAAAUUGAGUUUUUCAUCACAAGGAUGUGCUCACGUUCACUGCCCUCACUCUUUUCCUCUGUUCUUCCUCAGGCUCGAGAUGUAUUUUCAAGUACUUAGCAAGUAAAUAUGCUCAGAAUAGAAUAAAUUUCUUUUUCUCUAAGAAAUAGAAGGCAUCUACAUUUGUG